UCAUCAGGAACUGAUAGUGCAGUGUAGAGGCAAAACAACCUCCAGCGCCAGUCUCACGACUAGGUUCGCUCCGGUCGGUCGGUUCGGUUCUUGCUUCGGAAUUUGCCCUGCGGCAUAUGCCUGUCUCGGUACAGUUCGGUGGCUCUCCCUCCCCCGCAAGCAUUCUCAGAGCACAUUCUGCAGUACGGUGCGUGGUCAUAUCCGCAUCAAUCGUUCCGCAAACGGAUACGGCCAAGAAUCUGUCGCAUUCGGACGAGACGAGAUUAGGUUUCUUCCUACCCUAGCUAGCUAUAAUCAGUUCUUGGCGGAAAAGUGUUUGUUUUGUUGGAAUUGUUCAGUGAAAACUCAUGCAACCAUGUCUCUGAUCCGGUAAUUGGAGGACACGCUGGGAAGUCAGGGUGAAGGAGAUAAAGAGCAAACCGAAGUGAUAUUUUUAUAUGCCACCAAAUAUUAAUCGUUCAAGUGUCGGUCGGUCGGUCGGUCGCUUCUCUGGCUGACAUUUCGGUAUCGAAGUGAGACAGCCGUAAGCGGAGCUGUUCAGUUUCUCUCAAUCAACUCAUCGCUUGAUAGACAUUACUUGUAAACACACAUCGUGCUCUAGGCUAGGUAGUGUUAGUGGUAAACAAAGGCUCCUUCUUUUUUUUUGCUGGGGCGACCGAAGGCCUUCAUUUAUAAAUUGUGAGUUUGAAUUUUGGAUGAAGCUGUGUGAAAAGUGAAAGAAAAGUUGGUGUAAUUUACGUAAGAGAGGGAUAGGAUUGAAUCAGAAUAAUAACCGGUCAGUGUUCGACCGGCUUGCGGCAACAGAGAACUCUAACCGGUGGAGGUCAAAACGGCGUGGAUCUCAGCACAACGGUACAAACAGCUGGCGACUGCCAAAAACACGCCAACCAACCAACAAAACAAAGUAACAAUCGAAGCAGGCCAAAACUAUUAGUACGAAAGCUAAUAGCACCCAUCUGACACCGGUAUGUGAGCACCAGCCAUUUAAAAGUAUACCGAUUACGUUGAGCCCCUCGCGUUUCGAGCCCCAAACACUGCGAUGUUUUGAUACUCAUCGCGACUCUCAAAUUGUGAAAAUUAUCUCCACUUGAUGACCCAAAACAUUGUCUGCUGUAUUUUAGGUAAACCGACAAGUUAUUGUGAGAGAGCCGACCAAAAAUUCACUAAUUUUCGUGCACUAAACAAGGUAAACGCGUAAAACAAAUGUAUUACUGUUUGUUUGUUUACGUUGCAAUCAGCUGAUUUUGAAGUUCCGAUUUUGAUCUCAUCAAGAUGGCGUCGUGACAGGAGGCUGGCUAAUAGUCAACACACAUGACCCAAUUAGAAAAAAACGUUCAACGGUGGUCCUUCAUUGGUCCAAUAUGUUGGAUCAUUGGUCCAAUGAAAGUCCAAUCAAUCGUUCAACGGGAGGCCAACACGGGACCUUCAUUUGCCGAUUUUGAAACAGACCGUUGGACCGAAUGCCAUUUUUUUCGUUCAACAAACCCGGCAGACAGAGGUCCAUUGUUGAGCCAUUUUUAACAUGAGGAGUUGGAGCCCCGUUGGACUAGUUUUACUGCUGAAUUUCUGAAGUUUCUUCCAUUUAUUUGUUUAAACUAACAAUACAUACCUGCACAAUACUUCUACUUCACGUAGAAUAACAACAAAUUUUCUUUCUAUGCAAAUUGAACGAAUAUUUCGUGCAAUAUAUCGCAACAAGGGCUCAAAAAUCAACAAAAUUGAACGGCCUGCUGAGAGGGGAAUUAGUACCGAAACCGAUUGACUGAUAGCGAAAGACACACACACGCGCGCGCGCACUCCCGCAUAUACAAAACAAUAAGCUGUAGAAUCUGCUAGAUGGAGCGCAAGUUACUGUACGCGUUUCGAGGAUGGAUCGCCUUCGUAGCAUUCAUGGAUCUGGGGACGGCAGUUCGGUGUUACAUCGAACGAAGAAGCUUUUUAGGGGACCACUCCGAGACCCAGUUCAUCGAAGGAGAUUACACAAUUUCCAGGAUAUUGGGAAUUUAUUGCAUUCUGAAGGCAGUCGCCUUGGUGCACUGCACCCUGUAUAUACACUACAAACCUGUGGUUAGCAUGGGUGGCUGUUCGCUGGCCAUCACCAUGAUGCUGUACGUUACAGAGGCCUUGUACUUCCGGUCGACGACGCUCAACUUCUACGUCAUCUUUCCGUGCAUUCUCAACUCAAUGACCCUGGUCGGACUGCUCUACAUACCGCGGAAGCUUCGCCUGUGGCAGCACCGAUCGUCGGACAACGAUGACGAAAAUUCCCAACUGCUAAAACACAUGGGCGGUUUCAAGAAGCGUUCGCGGGCCCACAAAAACAAAACGCCUUGAAUCUUCUGGGUGGUGUAGUCCAGUAACGGCUGACGGUCCAUCUUUCUUUUCCUCAUUCGCCAGUAUUCUGUUAGGGGGGGUCACAAGGUGAGUUCGAUUCGGGUAGGGAAGCCGGAUUAUCAAAAUGGCGAUUGCCAUUUUGACGGCUACGGAUGACACCACUCACAAGCUAUCUAGGCGAAAUUAUUUAAAAACAUCAACUCAAAGUGAAAUGACAAAGCUUUAAUACAUUUAUAGAAAGGUAAACGAAAUUAACUAACUGAAACAAAUUACAAUUAAUCUCUAGAAAACCAUCAUGUAGGAUAAUUUGAUAGUUUUAAUAAAACCAAAAAAUAAAAACGUUUGUAAAGCUGCGGAUAAGAGAUUCCAAACUCCCUUAUUAAUGAAACACAAAAAAAAUGCAAAUUAUCAAGCAGGAAACUAGGGUAUAUCAAUUGACAAACUAAUCGCUUUAAAUACUAAGUCUUGCAAAUUAACGGCAAAUGAAAUAAAAAUGAACACAGCAGUCGAGCCAUUAUCAGUAAAUGCACCUUUUUGUAAUAAAAAUAAAAAACAAUAAACACCCACAAAUUUAUCGAACCUUUGGCAAUUAACAACCCACCAACAGAAUUCUCCGAAAUUUUUUAAACACUACCUAUCAUUCAGAUGUAUUAAAGGCAAUUACAAAUAAUAAUUUUAAAUACAAUACAUACAGGAACGAACUUUUAAAAAAUCAACAAAUGUGUUUACCGUAAACCGAAAAUACUGUUGGAAGAUCUCGAUGGAAAGCAAAAACAAUUCAGAUCCAGGAGAAGCCCAAAGAAAACUGUAUUUGAAAAAGUGUGAUCUCAGUGUGCGUAUGCGAUAAACGUCACCACGGUUACCGGAUUCAGAGUCUCUAUUCAGACUAUUAGUUUCGCGAGUAGUUGUCAUUCGUGGAUCAGCAAACAAUUGCAAAAUGUGAAUGAGUAAAAAAAAACUAGCUGUAGCACUUUUCGACAUGACUUCGACUUACUUGGGUAAUGUCUUACCCCUUUGCUUAUGGUACCCCUCGAAUCUGUGGCAAAAACCAUCUUGGCAGGGUGGUUGGCUCAUUCAUUUAUUUAUCAACAGACACAAUAUGGUCCCAAUGAUAAUUCCAAAUAAUAUUGAAGCAUGAUCGGAAAAAUAUUUACAGUUUUCGUCAAACAACUUCAAACUUACCUUUGACGGGACCGAAUCUGCCCCUGCAACUACGGUGAGAAAACCGGUGCCCGGUCCAACCGAACUGACAAGAAGUUCGUCAAAUAUCCGUCGAUAACCUGUAAUGGCUUCACUACGGAUAAAGUUUUCAACAAUUUUCUCCCGAAACGUUUUCAAAGCACGGUGAGCAAAAUUUGUUGUUUAGUUAGAAACAGAGUGGAAGUUACUCAGUUUUAUAAAUAACUGUAACUCACUUUUUGACAUUUGAACUAAAUAAGCAAAAGUGUGUACAAAUUGCUCACCCGAAAGUGACCAGCGUCGUAUCAAGUUUUUUUUUAAUUAGAAAGAAUAAAAUUCACAACUCUCUCGCUUAACGAAUUUUAUACGAUACGAGUCUUGAACACUUGCCUAUGUGCAGCCUAGAAUAGAGAAUAAACGCUAAUUAGACUUCGCCAAAUGCAUUUUCUACUGUACAUAGAUGGCUAAGCUUCAACAAAAAAAACGAUUGGUCAAUAGUAGAUGAUAGUUUAGCGAUAAAUUCGUAAAUAAUUUCUUUUCGUAUGGGUCAAAUGUUGCAAAACGCGGAGUGAGUCAGUUGAAAAACUGAAAACAAAUUCGAGCAUGUGCGGAUCGGAGUAUGCUGUGCGAAACAAAGACUUGUAGAUGUGUAGAUCGACAAGGUUUUCAUACGUUUUCGUUUUUAUAAUUGAGGUUUCUAUGCCCAGUGAAAAAUGAACGGCGACCCUGGUGAAAAAUGGGUGUCCAAAACAAUAUUGUAAGAGCGAUUCACACGUGGCAUCAGGCGACUAUCACCGGCAUGGAGCGGUUACGGAACAACAACAUGUUGACGUCGGGUACGUGAGUAAUAUUCGGUAAAAAAAAUUAUUAAAUUAAUCUUCACUUCGACCGAAAUGGAUUGAUUGUCUGAAUCGUGUUUAAUGCAGGCGUUUCCUGAUGAAAAAAAAACAAUCUCAUUUGAGUUUGUGGUUGUAAAUGAGCUGUCAGAAAAGUUAAUAGGUCGAUUUAGUAUUUUUUUUUAUUCCUGGUGAAACCGAGCCAUGUCAAGCAAUGCGCGAUAUGCAAAAUAAAAGCAGUGCGAAUAAUAAUGAACUACGAGUGGCAAAGUAUUCAUAUAUAUUCAAAAGUCAAUUCAAUCAAAAUGAUGUCAAACCUACUGUUGAUGUCGGAAAGUUUUGCAACCAGUUUUUGAGCAACUUAAUCCAGACCAUGUUUCACCAUUUUUCUUUGCAUGUUUUACCGGCAUGGAACGACUCGGUUUACGAUUUUAGAAUGUCUUUGGAAUAAUGUUUGACAAUCCAUUUUGAAGAUUUGACAAUUUGUCAAUUAUUCCAACAUCGAGCAAUAGGAAUAAACCUAGAGACACUGAACAGACUGCGCAACCAUUGGCAUGUAGUGCGUUGAUUUAUUGUGCCAAUCUGAAAUUUGGAAUUUGACUAUUUUGUUUCAGAUGGACAUGAAAAUUUCAUUGAUAGACCUGCACACGAGUAACAGUAGUUUAGGCGGUUUAGUGUCAAACUUUCCGGGGUGCUCUAGUUUACAUUGCCGUUUUUAAAGCAAUUGUCAGGUUAUUGAAAAAAUAACAAAUACCACAAUCAUACCAGCGAAUCUCUCUUCAACGCCAAUGUCGAAAGGUCAUUUUUUGUUUGUUUGAAAUAAAGGGUAAUUUUUUUUUUGCUGGUAUCUUUUUGGCAACACUGUUUUCGCGUGAAUAGUGUCUUGGUGUCAUUAUCAAAUUUGUUCAGUUUGGUUUAUAAUUUAAUCACGAAUCGACUUACAACAUCUAACAUUUGGUGAACGGGCGCUGGAAAAGUUGUAGGAUGAUCCACUUUUUCCAAUCGAAAAAUUGUGUUCAGCGACGAAGCGUCAACGAGCAAAAAAAGUCACUGUAUUGUGUGGAUUAUGGAUCGGUGGCAUCAUCGGCCCGUACUUUUUCAAAGGCGACAAUUUUAUAUCGAUUUCAAGGUUUGCUAUUCGUUCUCGCGGAAUAUAUGGAAUGUUUCAAAUGAAUAACAGCUGCUAACAGUGCUUGUUGGAAUUGGAAUUCAAGCAGCAUUGGCAGGAAUACGAUCCGAUUCAUCUUUGCAUGCACCGAAACUCUCGCACGGCCUUUUGGCUACCUGGGCAGCCAUGGGCACCAGAAGAGACUUAAAUUAAACCACUAAAUGACAUCCGUGUCCAAAAAAUGGGCCUCCAAUACAGAAUUCAUUAUCAGUGUUAGAUCCAUUUUUGUCCCGAAUGAAGUCAUAUCUGAAAUAAAAAGAAUCUGAAAUAAAAAAAAAUCACUUUUCAUUACCAAUAACUUCUUGCUUCGCUUGAGAAUCGAUUGAUCAACAGAUGAUUCUUCUUCCUCGCAUGCCUAGACAGGAGUUUGUUGAAAAAAAAUUUUGGCAGGAGUCCGGCGAAUCUAUGAGAGACUGUGCCAGAUAUUGUGAAAAAGUUUGCUAAUAUGGAUCCAAGAAAUUCCAAUAGAUCAAUGCAAAUUGUUAUUUUGUUAUGAUAAAUUACUUCUUAAGAAUUCAACAACAUAUUGAAGGAAAAAAAUACAAGUUUCAAUUCGAGUACUGGGGAAUUAAUAAAUUCAUUCUUUCCACACAAAUAGACAAAGUAUUUCUAGUCUUCGAAUUAGAAUCAAAAUGAUUUCUAUUGUUUUCAUUUCCGAAACUAAUAGCUACGGCGAAAGUGAACGUUAUUUGAAACAAUAGUUGUUUAUUUUUGGUUGCCAGUUCAAAACAUUUGUUCAUCGGUUUCAAGUUGGCAUUACAUGUUACAAGGUAGUUGAAUUUACGAUACAGUUUUGAUAUACGAGUGGUGGCAGGUCGUGUCAUCUGCCACGUCUACCGCAGAACCGAUGUGGCAAAAUCCUGGUAGAUACGGUUGUCUCAUUUGAGGUGUAUGUUUUGUAGCGCGGAGGCAGCCGGAUGCCAUUUUACUCAAUGGCAGUCGUUAGCUAGUCGUGUAUGACAGUCAAACCUAUGCGGGCUAUAGCUCAUACCAUAGUAGGCUGUGUAUAAACGAAAACGAUUUACUCAGUUUGACAGUUUGACACAAUGACGAAGCGCUAGCAUAUUCGGGAUUUGUACCACGUUCAAAUUUCGAAAAAUGACAUUUGAAUCACUGUAGGAGUGUCCCGGCAGAACGUGAAACGGGUCGUAGAUCGAGAAAAGAGAGGACAAUUGUCCGCGAAAGUGGUCACAGGUCCCGAGAGCAAUCGCUGACAUCAAAAGGAAGAUUCGGACGAAUUACCGGAACAAAUUCUCUCCCAGUGAAAGACUUGGCCGACGAGCAAGAAAACGCUAGCGUUAUGGUCGCAGAAAAUGGACUCGGCUUUCGUUUCAAAAGGCGACAAGGUAGACAUGAACAGGGUUGUUACGGUCGCGCGCGGAUUUCGCGAUUUUCGCGGAUUUAGCACGGUUUCUGCUCAGAUUUUGAUGCGAUGGCGCGAAUUUCAAGAAACAACAUUUCACAUUUGUGAAUCAUUUGUUCUAAGAAAAAAAGGUCUUUUUAAAUUUUUGGAGCUUGUGAAUUUUAAGAAACCCGAAAAUGGUAAAGAUGAGCGAACGUUUCAGCAAUUGGUCGAGCUGACCGAAUUGGGGAGUUUUCACCUUGAUAAAAUCAAAAUUUACGAGAUGGCGAUUUUCUAGAAAACGUUUUCUUCAGAGGAUAAAAUUUUGAAAUUAUAGUUCAUAGUUGAUCUGACUACAUGUCUGAUCACAUAACAAUUUCCAAGGUAAGUAGACUGGGAUUUGACGGAUGAUUUUUGAAUUGGCUUCGAUCAUAUCUAACCAGUUAUGAAAUGGUAGUGAAAAUAUAAGACUGUACAACCUCAUCAUUUGCGGUUACCUCUGGAGUUCCUCAAGGAAGUCACCUUGGACCGUUUAUAAUUUUAUUGUAUGUCAACGAUCAAAAUUUUUAGAUCAAGUGUAUGAAACUAUCGUUCAUGCUUGAUUUUAAAUAAUUUCAUACAAUCACAUCUGCAGCUGACUCAGAGUUUCUACAAGAACAGUUGGAUAAUUCAACUAAUUGGUGUAACGCCAACAAAAUGGAAACAAACUAAAUGCUACUAACUGCUCCGUCAUCUCUUUUUGUCGCAAAAAGUCUGUAUUCAAGUUCGACUAUAAUAUUUCACAAACUGUUCUCGAACGCACAUCGUCUGGGUGUUAUUCUGGAUUCCAAGUUAAAUUUUAAGGAGCGCAUAGAGUUUACUAUCACUAAAGCCUCUAAACUUUUCGGAUUUAUUUUCCGCGUUACUAAAAUAUUCUCUGAUGUACAUGCUUGAAAGCUCCGUAUUUCACUGUUAUCUGGUCACCUUAUUAUUACCAAAAAGAUAUCCAACGCAUUUAAGCGACUCAAAAUCUUUCCUGAUGUUAUUGUCUCAUUAGAUUUAGUUACUAUAAAAGCACUAUAUUUAAGGGAAUGUAUCAUUUAGAUUAUUGAAAUCUGUUGAUGCAAAAGAUGAGGAGGUUUUAUGCCUGCUGGAGAGCAACUAAAAAGAAUUAAAAAAUGCAAAUUAAAAAGAAUUAAAAAGAGCAAAGAAGAAAAAAAUAGCCUUCGCUGAAAUCUGUUUAACUUGUUUCAAAAUCACAAUUGUAAGCAAUUUUAUGUUUACUGUAACUAUUUGCGCACAUCUGAAAGUAUAAAUUUACUAAGGACAUCGAAAAAGGUGGAAAAUAAAAAUGAAAUUGUUUUCCCGUCAUCUCGAAGUGACGUGUUGUAUUCGGACUUAUUUGUUGUGUUUAUAUGACAAACUUAUGCAGAUUUUUAAAUUAUAUAUUAGUGGAUUUUCAAGCUCUGCGGAAAAUAUCACCUGCAUUAAAAAUAGUGCUGUAUUGCUUCGUUCGAAUAUUGAGCGUUUUAGCUUUCAACUUUGCGCGGAUUUUGCGCGUUUUGCUUUUGAAAUUUUUCGUAACAACCCUGUACGAAAGUCUAUAUUGUUUUUUUUUUGCAGUAGGUCCUUUCGUCAAUCAAGGAUCCUAAACCAAAUGUUGCAAUUCAACUAAAGCUUGCUUCAUUUAGAAUUGGAACAAACUUUUGCUCAUAUUGUGGCGCUCCUGGUGGACGGAUUUGGAAGUUCUUGGCGCCCACGUGUCUGGAAUUUUGUCAGCUUCACGUAUGAUUUUUGACAUUCCGCAAAUCGACUGUACAUACUUUGUAAACAAUCAACAUGGAAGCCGAAAGAAGGGAAAAAAUUGUGCACAGUUAUUUGGAAAAUCCAUUGUGGUCUGCAUCUAGGCUAUCUAAACAGCUGAAAUUGCCCAGAAAUACCGUAUGGCGUGUUAUCAAACUGUAAGAGGAAACAUUGACGACGAUUCGGAAGCCUCAAGCCAAUCGUCAGAGUGGAAUUGUCGACCGGAAACUGCGUGGUAAGAUUUUGAAGACGUUUAAAAGGAAUCCUAAUCUGUCGGACCGUGAUUUGGUCAGAAAAUUCGGUGCUGUGAGCACCGUGAGGAGAACUCGACUCCGGGAAGGAAUCAAGUCAUAUCGAGCCAGUAAACGGCCAAAUCGGACCAUAAAACAGAAUCGUGUGGUCAAAAUUCGUGUUCGGACACUAUAUGACCAAGUGCUGACCAAGUUUGACGGGUGUCUUCUGAUGGACGACGAAACCUAUGUCAAGGCUGACUUCGGACAAACCCCAGAUCAAAAAUUUUAUUUGGACACGGCUCGGGGGGGAUGUUUCAGCCAAAUUUAAAUUUGUUUUUGCCGACAAAUUUGCAAGAAAACUUAUGAUUUGGCAGAGCAUUUGCAGCUAUGGCAAAAAAACGAAAGUUUUCGUUACAAAUAAGACAAUGACAUCGGAACUAUACCGAAAAGAGUGUCUCCAAAUACGAAUUCUGCCGUUCAUUCGAUCCCACGACCAUCCCGUAAUGUUUUGGCCAGAUUUGGCAAGCUGUCAUUACAGCAAAGGCGUUCAAGAAUGGUAUGCAGAGAAAGGGGUCCAGUAUGUUCCGAAAAACCUUAACCCACCCAACUGCCCCCAGUUCCGCCCUAUUGAGAAAUACUGGGCAAUCGAGAAGAGGAGACUCAAGGCAAAGGGAAAGGUUGUCAAAGACAUCAAUCAGAUGACGACCUGGUGGAAUAAGAUAGCUAAAACGAUGGACGAAGAAGGUGUGCGCCGCCUAAUGAGCCGUGUUACAGGAAAAAUUCGAGAAUUCAUUCGAAACCGUGACGAAUAACUUUAUCCGUAUUUCUUCUUAAAAGUAUGAAGAAAACGAAGAAUCUUGAAUUCAAUAACAAAUAACUGAAAUACAGGCAAUUGUCUUUGUUCCAUCUCUAUCUGAAGCAAGCUUUAUCUGACACUCCGUGCCACAGCUCGAACCACACUCAGAAGCAGUGCGGUAAAAUUUCAUUUUCAAUCGAAUAAUAUCAGAUAAAAAUAAAAUUUAUGGCCACUGACAGUCACGUACCUAGAGGGGGGGGCCCUCCCGAAAUCAAAAAAACAGAUAAGACAUGUGUUGCAGAAAUAACAAGACAGUAGAUGUAAAGAAAUGUAAUACAAUAACAGUUCUAGUUAAAAAGUAUAUCUGUUAAGAACACCGGUAAAAGGCACACCGAGAAUUAGGUUCAUAAGCAAUCUUCAAUAACAUUAUUUUUUUAUCUUUGGGCCCCUUCCGAAACGAAAUACUGGGUACGGGCCUGGCCACUGACAAUUUGUUUUAAGUGAAGCUCCCAGAAUUCACCGUCAGUUGAAUAAUUGUGUCUAGUCAUUUGAAGUUUUGCUUGCUCAGUUUCAAGUACCAAAUAGCUGCUAGCUGUUUCACCGUCUUCGCUGUUGGUAGUGAGCAAGUUCGAAUGAAUAGCAUUAUAAAUAGAGUAAAGUAUUAAAUACUAAAAACUAAAGGAGGAAACUGUUAAUGUAUGUGUAUUCUGUAAUUGAUAUUUCAUUUACUAUCUGGUUUGUCUUUCAUCUAAAAAGCCUCAUUUGAAUGUCGCUCUCUCAUUCAAUUGUAAGAGAUAUUUUGUUACUUCAAGAGAUUAACUGACGGUGGUUAAACUGAGCUUUGAUUUGAAGAGAAUCGGUUGAAGAACUGAAUGCUGCCCGUUCGGUACGUCAGCGAACGUUGUGUGUGUGUGUGUGUGUGUGUGUGUGUGUGUGUGUGUGUGUGUGUGUGUGUGUGUGUGUGUGUGUGUGUGUGUGUGUGUGUGUGUGUGUGUGUCAGAGUGUGAAAUUUACUGCAGUAGAGAGAUCGUUCCAUCGUGCCAUCCAGUCCUGAUCUAGUUUCCCUGGAUUACUCAGUAUGGCGCGUCACGAUAGCCAAGGCCUGUUCUAAAUGUCUCCCGAGUACAGCAAGCCUCAGGAAUGUGUUGACGCAUACCUGUAGAGAAAUUGACACGAUGACCCUUAUUCAGCGAGUCGAGUGACGUGACUCGACAAAUCUCACCUCACUGUCACAUGACUGUAGUCACCCUAUUCUAGGAGUCGACUCGGGUGAUGUGACAGGUUCAUUCUAUGGUGAGUGAGAUGGUGAACCUCAAGUGACGAACGAUUCAUUUUCCCAAACGUCAAAACGAGUGGGAAAUGUUGCCGGUUGUGAGGUUUAAAUUUUCUCGUUAUAAAUCUUUAGUGUUGAGUUUGUUUUCGGAUUCCGGUUUGUUCCGUUGCCGUUAGUUUGUAUGAUUUGACGUUAGUUGGUAUGAAUAAUUAAUGUCGAUAUUCCUGGAAAUCGCUACAAGUUACUGGCCUUAAUAUAUUUCUGAAUCGUUUGCAACGAUCGGUCUUAUCUGCAAAGUACGCUUCUGAGGAGCGAAAUAUCAACUGUAAGAUUUGUUUAUUUGAUUUAAGUUUACCUACAGGUAUUAAGUAUUAAGUUUACCUACAUUGCAGUCCAGACCACUGUCACUCAUUCGAAUAAAAUGCUUACCGGUGGACAAAGACCCGUUGUAACAUUCUUGUUCAAGUUGAAAGGAUCGUACAGGAUUCCUAAUUGUAUUCUUCCCAGCUAAUCUCUCAACAAUAUCGAGUAGUUAAUAAUGGCUGCGGUUUUGGCAAGGACGAGUCCAAUUAAAGUGUUGGUUUCAUUAUGGUACAGUGUGCUGGUAUGAGAGUCUUCAUGAGGCACAGAUGCCCUGAGUAUAAUUUUCUAUCUCGAUAUCUGAACAUCCUUCCUCUCACGAAAUAAUGCAUACCAAGCCACUGUGCUGAAGAUCGAAUAUUCAGUUUUCGACUGACUGAUGAUUGGCUUUUAACGGUCAAAUGAUUCUGAGAGUUUCGAAUGACUUUGGGCCACAUAACAGGUUGCAUAUCAUUUAUUUAUUUCGUGUCAAAUUAAUACUUAGUUACACUUAAAUAUUAUAUACAGUAGCAGGAGCACAGAAUAAGCGAUGGCGAUUUGGCGAUCUCAGAAAAUACUGCAAACAAACUAUCACUUUGUCUGCCAGCUACUCGAGAGAAACCAACUCCAGCACUCCUGCUACUUCUACAAAAUCAAAUUCCUGCUAAAUAACUUUUAGUUGGGUUUAAUCGAAAUAGUGCAUGAGACUAAAUCAACAGUCUGGAUGAAAAAUAAAUAUAUAAUGAUUAAUAUUCAGCAUGGAAUAUUUUGUCAUUGAAUUUUGAACAGAAAACACUUCCUAAGAAACAGCUUAGUACAUUUUUGCAAAUUUAGACCAUAAUAAAAGGUUUUAUAGUCUGCCGUUGACUUUUUUUAUGUCACUUCGGGUUCCAGAACAACAGGGCAAGUGUGUUUAAAAUGUAUUCCGCCAUGUAGAGCAAAAUGCAAAAAAAAGACAAACUUCUGUAAACUUGCCUUAAAGCUUUUUAUAAAUUAUAUAGGCUGUGCUAUAUGCUUAAAAAACUUUCCUUGUUCAAAAUUCAAAGCUUUUUUUUUUCUUAUUAACAUUUAUGAAAACAUGAGUUUUAUGAGAAAAGCAUCAUUACACCACAUUAUGUGGGUUAAAACAGUUUUUUUUCUACAAUAAUCUGUGCUUUCGCGCAUUUCGUGAGUAUUAGUCCUUUCAUCCCAAAGUAUUAUGAGCCUAGUCCAUCGUGCUCAUAAAGUUGUAUCUAAUAAUUUUACAGCUCAAUCUCUCUUCUAAUUCUCUGGAAGUAUACAUUUAUCCUAAUGUAUGAGAAUUGAAUUUUUCAUAGGAAAUCUAAAAAGUAACAACAUAAUUGGUACAAUUAAUUUUGUUGUUUAAUAACAACAUCAAACCAUGUUAAAAAAUUCAAAGGCUUGAAAAUAUCUAAGAUUUUUCGGUUAAUAUGUAUUCCUUCUGUCACUUGCUUUACCGGUACCGACUUUGAAACUCACUGCAUAGUGACUCUUGUCACCCAGAUUCGACUGCACGAAUACGGUGAGUGUUCAUCGAAGUUCAUCCUGGUGACUUUUGUCACUUCAUUCGACUGUCAGAAUCGCGUGACUCGGGUGACUCGACUUAUCUCACCUCACUCGACUCGCAGAAUAAGGGCCAAUGUGUCGCGGAAAGGAAGCGUGUGGAGACCGUAAUGUCUGCGAGUGGAAACUUGAACCGUUGUUUAAGACUCUGAGAAACAUCUCCCUUUCAUUUGAAUGAAUAAUAUUUUGCGAAAUACUUUACCGAACUAGACAAAACUAGCUUCACGGAUAUUACCGCUGACAACUUCAACGAGACCUACUAGUAGGGACAUCUUUUGGCGAACGGUUGAACCUUAUCUGUACACCUAAUAAUAGUAAAUAGCUCAAAUCACGAAACUCGGUAUCUUGCAUUACAAGAAAACCCAAAGCAUUUUGUGUGAGUGGAAAGUUUAAUAGUAGAAAACGGCAACAUACAAACCUUCUAUUCUGAAGUUUCCUUUUGUAUGUCCACGAUCAUGAGUAGAAUGUUGAAUGAUUUCUAAAAAAAAAAUGCAUUUGUAUGGAUUAUGACAACCCUCUUAUUAGGACGAACCUAGAUAUCAUAGAAUACCACACUAAUAUAUCAUUUAGACGAGUACGGGAGGAGUGUAGAGCAAAUUAAGUGAACGAGAAAAAGAGCAAUCUGCGAGUAAACUUGACAUCAAUCUUAUAGGAAUACCAAAACAAAAAAAAAACUAAAAUCGCUUAGCACAAAUUAAAGCAACGACAUGUUUCCAAUUUAUAGAA